AUGUCUACUGGACAUGUCAACAGUAUCCCACCCGAUGGAGCUCGCGAAUUCGACUUCAUUGUCGUCGGAGGUGGAACGGCUGGAAACGUUGUGGCUGGUAGGCUCGCUGAGAAUCCAAAGGUCUCUGUUCUAGUUAUAGAAGCCGGUCGAGGAGAUCCGGAGAAGAUAGCCGAAAUUACCACUCCUGCCCGUGCCUUCGAAAGCCGCAAUGGCCCAAACGAUUGGAAAUAUAAAGCUACUUUGAUCGACCGACCGGAUUACACACGCGUGGAGAAACCCAAUACUCGAGGGAAGGUUCUUGGAGGUAGUAGCUGUCUUAAUUACUAUACAUGGGUCCGGGGGAGCAAAGGGACCUUCGACGAGUGGGAAGCUUUUGGUGGUAAAGGAUGGAAUUGGCAGGCCAUCAGGGAUUACUUUGACAAGCCUGCGACCUACCAUGAUGACGGAGAUAACUAUCCCCAUGUAAGGAAUGUCGGACUCGGAGGACCCCUCCAUAUUGAGCACGCAGAGCUAGUCCCCGAGCUACGACCCUUCCGUGAUGCUCUACUGAAAGCGUGGAAGAGCAAGGGCCUUGCAAUCAACGAUAAUAUCUAUGACGGAACAAUGCACGGUCUGACUCGCUGUAUCAAUACAAUUUAUAAGGGGGUACGGUCGGCUAGCUGGUCUUUUCUGGUUGGAAAGCCAAAUAUCGGCAUGUUAUCAUCCUCCCACUGCAAGCGGUUGAUAAUUAACGGCGACCGAGUCACUGGAGUGGAUGUCCACGGCCCCAAUGGCCAGAGUAUAACUAUAAAAGCGCGCAGGGAGGUCAUAGUAGCUGGUGGGGUUUACGAAUCGCCCAAACUAUUAAUGCUGUCAGGCAUUGGCCCCGAAAAAGAGCUUUCGCAGUUUGGUAUAAAGACUAUCUCAGGCUCGCCACAUGUGGGCCAGAAUUUACUUGACCACCCUAUACUCCCGCAUGUUUUUCGCUUGCAUAAUGGACUUGGCUUGGACGACCAUAUACUUCGAGCUGGCCCACAGAAAGAAGGAGCUGUGAGGGUGUACAAUGAAGACCAUUCUGGCCCUUUUGGUAGUGGCCUACUGGAGCUGGUGGGAUUCCCGCGUAUUGAUGAGCGUCUUGCAGGAAUUAAGGAGUAUAUAAAGGCCAAAGAAGAGAAUGAUGGAAAGGAUCCAUUUGGACCUGCUGGACAGCCGCAUUUUCAAAUUGAUUUUGUGCCUAUGUUCUCCGACGCGUUCCAAUGGCAUAUUCCAGUGCCUCCCGAGGGAAGCUGGUUGACUGUUAUUGUGGAUCUCCUGCGCCCCAUUUCAAAGCCUGGCUGGGUCAAGCUACGAUCGAAUAACCCACUCGAAGACCCAUAUAUCAACACCAAUUACUUCAAUAACCAUCUUGAUGUCAUUGCCCUACGAGAAGGUAUCCGGUUUGUGGACGAUAUACUCAUGACUGGUGAAGCUUUUAAGGACAUCAUUGGCGAGGACUAUCCUUGGCCUAUGCCGCGCAAUUCAGAUGCAGCAAUGGAUAGAAUGAUCCUCGAGCGAUCACAGACAGGGUUUCAUCCCUGUGGGACCUGCCGCCUUUCGAAGGAUAUCAAACAGGGAGUAGUGGAUGCACAGUUGAAAGUCCAUGGAUUCAAGAACCUUCGAGUUAUUGAUGCAUCUGUAUUACCUGUUAUUCCAGAUUGUCGUAUUCAGAAUGCAGUAUACAUGGUUGGUGAGAAAGGGGCGGAUCUCAUCAAAGCUGACUACAAAGACCUUUAUCAAAAUUGA